GUCCGUGCGUGGCGACAGGCGCGAGGGAUUCCCCCCACCUGACCCCGGUAAUAAAAAGAUACGAAAUAAAAACAUUAGGGAAAAAAAAGAAAGAAGUAAAAUAGCUUGCGCGUUAGAGAGUCAAGUCAGUUUGCAGCUGCACCACCGACGGCAACAUGUCCUGGAUCCUGGUUUAACCUGAGACACGGAGCAGAAACUUUUAACAACCGGGGGAUAUUCAACUUUAAAAAAGAGAAUAGAAGAAGUGACAGGAAUCCAUUGAUGAGGCAGCCUCCCAAUGACGUCGAGAUGGCUUUAGGUGGAACUCUUCUGCCCUCCAUAUCCACGUUCGCCAGCGGCCCCACUGUCAAGAGCAAGUCCAUAGGAAGUGCCAACUCAAGAUGGAAGGAGGAGUUGUCCCAUCUUAGGAGACUCAGUGUGCCAACUGGAAGCAACUGCCCUGACCCAGACCAUCCCACUGCCACCAGCACCACAAGCCCCAGCAUGUCCAAGAAAGACACAGAUCCAGACCUGGACUUAGACUACGACUUCAUUCUAUCCAACUCCAUUCUCCAGCAGCAACUACAGCAGCAGCAGCAGCAGCAGCAGCAGCAGCAACAACAAGAGGCCAUGGCGUGCUCCUCUGGUCAGGCCUUGUCUCCUUCACCCGGCUCUUUCUCCUCUUCUUACCCUCUGCCCUCCCCUCAGGGAACUGCCAGUGAACUUCACUAUACCAUCCCAGACAUUAGUGACGUUUCGCCCUCUGGUGGCUUCGUGGCAGAGCUCAUGAGACCCGAGCUGGACCCAGCGUACCUCCAUCCCACCAGCCUCCACGGCAAGUUUGUGGUCAAGACGACAAUAGACAUGGGAGAGUACAGCCAAGGUGUGAACGUGAGCAAGGCUUGCAUCAAUGUCGUGUCAGACCCGAGUCCUUCGCGGGCCUCGCCGUCCUUCACGUGCCACAGGAUAAAGCAGGAGAACCCCGGUAACUGCACCAUCUCGCAGCCCAUAGACCUGCACCUGGGUGGGGUGAAUUCUCAGAGCAGAGGGGGUCAGCAGCGCCCCAGCCACUUAGACCUACACGGGUUCCCAGGCGGAGGACGCUCGAUGACAGGCGGCAGGUUAUCCUCCUCCUCCUCCUCCCUCUCCCCAGACCAUCCGCUGAGCCGGGAGCACCAGGUGCUGGGGCAUCCCCACUCUCAGAUCCCGCUACCUCCGCAGGGAUUUCACCAUAGCUCCCCACAGGGAUACGCCUCCUUCCCUCAGCCAUCAACCAUGCAGUAUCAAGAGUCUCUCCUGAUCUCCAGUGGGGACUGCUUGCCGGAGGAGCCGAAGCCCAAGCGCGGUCGUCGCUCCUGGCCGAGGAAGAGAGUGGCCACGCACACGUGCGACUACGUCGGCUGUGGGAAAACUUACACAAAGAGCUCCCACCUCAAAGCACAUCACCGCACACACACAGGGGAGAAGCCUUACCACUGCGACUGGGAGGGCUGCGGUUGGAAGUUUGCACGUUCGGACGAGCUCACACGCCACUACAGGAAGCACACAGGCCACCGGCCGUUUCAGUGUCAGAAAUGCGACCGGGCCUUCUCGAGGUCAGACCACCUCGCUCUCCACAUGAAGAGACACUUAUGAGACUUGGUUGCAGGACCGGACCGGACUGGAUGGCUGUGGAUGAAGGCUCCUGAAAGAGAAUAUAUGUUUUUUUUUUAAAACCAUAAAUUUGUCCUUAAAAGCCAUUGUCAUGCAACAAGACAAGCUGUGGUAUUCAUGGCAAAGAGCAAUGCUUCCCAAAGAGCCUAGAAUUUCCCUCAAGACUGAUCCUGUCUUUGCACACUGUGCAGGCGACUCGACGAGACCUCUCAGCCACGGUUGUAAACUUCUAUAAAAAGGGGACCAAACUGGAAUUUGUCUUAUUUAACUGACAAGACUUGGAGGACCAGGUGCCAACAACUUUUAACUGGAAAUGUAUUUUAUGUCAGGGAAGCCAGGAGCAACAGACAAACAUCUUCAGUGGCCUUCUACCGGCAACAUGCCAUUAUAGGAUCUGAUAACUACACACUGUUCAAAAUACUGUAUUAUUAAAUACGUCUAUAUUUAUAUACACAUUUCACCUGCAAUGCCAUUGGUUUCAGGUACAUUAAUUUAUACGGAAUGGUGCUCAGUGACUCUGAAGAAGGUUUUCUUUAAAGAAAAGGUACCAAAGAUAAAAAAAAAAGGAAAAGACACAAAGAAGUGAAAACUAUGAAAAAAAGUGCCAUAUUGUCGUUUGUUUCUCUUCCACAAUCUGACUUAAAUCAGGUGAACACUUCACUUUUUUUUUUUUUUUUUAAAUGGUGAUGGCAAUCUUCAAUGCACUGCAAUUGCAAAGUGCAAUAAUUUAUACGAGACAUUCAUAUUUUUGUAUGGAAUGAGUAACUCUGAACAAAGAUCUUUUUUGUUUAUAGCCUAAAUAUGUAAUAUAAUCUUGAAUUUUGUACAUUUGUAAAUAAA